AGCUCCCAGGUGCCUUUGCGCCCCUCAGAGCCAAUUUCUCCAACCCCGCAAUUCUUCCUCUUCCUUCCCCUACCUCCGCCCAUGCUUUAAAAAAAAAAAGGAAAGAGGCCUGUCUGCAUGUUUUUGUUUUCAAAUAGAAUGUAGCGCUUUCUCCCAGGUGCAAAGGACUCUGGGAAGUGUAGUUGUGUGUGUGUUUUUCCGGGGUGUGUGUGUUGUAGCGUUGUCAUCAUUAUAAUUGCCAGUGUCAACAUGGCGUCGGGCUUAGUUUCCACGGAUGGUGGUGGCGGAGGUGGCGCGGCGGCAUCCUCUGACUUUUGCGCCGCGGCGGCGGCAGGAAAAGACUUGGCCUCAGGAUCCAUUGAGGUGGAACAAAAAUUCCUUUUCGGGCCUGACACUGUGGAGAAGCUGGUAACACUGGGAGCCACCCUAGAAGGCUGCGUCUCUUUCUGCGACCGCUAUUACGACACAUCAGACUGGCGCCUCACUCUCGCAGAUCAUUGGCUCCGGGAGCGGCAGGGGGCUGGCUGGGAGCUGAAAUGCCCCCCGCAGCCACGAGAGGGCUCCCGUGUCCCAGGAUCCAUCGCUAGCUCAACCACAGAAAACCAGUGGCCACUGAGCCAACCAGAACCACCAGCUGGAGCCCAGAGCCCCAUCUCAGAGGGCCACAAGUUGCAGCACCCGCUGCAGUCACUAGAGGUAGCUGGCAAGCCACACGUGGCCACGCAAUAUCAAGAAGUGACCUGUCCCCAAGAUAUUUUGGUCUGUGUCGGUGGGCUGCUGGGCAUGGACCCAGCCGUGGGUUGGCAUGGCGACGUGGCCAGAGCAGUGGAGGAACUUGGCCUGGAAGAGUUUGCCAGUUUUGUAACCCGGCGGUGUAAAUACUGUCUGGCCAGCCUCAACCUGAGUGUGGAUUUGGAUGAGAUGGAUUUUGGCUAUGCCGUGGGAGAGGUGGAGGCCAUGGUCAAGCAGCAGGAGGACAUGCCAGAGGCUCUGGAGAGGAUACAGGAGCUGGGAAGGCAGCUAGGCUUGGAUAGGAAAACCGCAAUUCCUGGCAAGAUGUCUGUGUAUCUACAUAAAUUCAGACCUGUGCACUAUGAGGCCCUCGUGCGAGCUGGAAGACUGCAGAAAGUGAGAGUGCCAGCAGAUGGGCAAGGGGUGGAAAACUGAUUUGGAUUUGGGAGACCCAGCUAUAUUUUGGUUGGUUGGGGGUGGUGGUGGAGACUGGAUAUUUAUAUGCUGCAGUAGCAUCAGCCUCAACUGAGGAUAGUUUGGACUGUCUGAGUUUUUUCCCCUCCUCCUCUUCCCUCUGCCAAACUUUCUAAUUCCAUCCAAGCAUCUGGACAGGCUUUUCAACAUCCCGCAGCAGUUAGAACUCUCAUGAGCAUUGUGUGACAUCACAGCGGGUCAGCCAAUCAGCUGGACACAGAGAGGGGUUCACUGAUGGGCAACAGCCAGAUUUUGCCUUACUGCGUAGGAAGAGAGAACGAAUUGGAAAAGGCGUUUAUUCACACGCAGACCUCAAAGGCAUCCAACGAGAGUGAAAGGGACAACAUUUGAGAGGCAGGUGGGUGGGGAAAGAAGGGAAUCUCACAUUCUGCAUGGAGGGCAGCCUUUGGAGCAAAACCAUCACACCCAACGGGCUUGCAUCUUAGUAUGGCCUUUGCCUUCCUAGUAUCCUUAGGCUACAACUCUGACUGGGGCUGCUGGGAGUUGUAGUCCCAAUCGUCAGGAGGGCACCAGCUUGGGAAGGUUGAUGUAAUAUACUAUGGAUCUGUGGAACUCAUUGCCCCAGCAGGUUGCAAUACUGCCUGACAGGAUGCGGAAGGACACAGACCCCUCACUCUGCCUCCAGGGAGUGGUUCUCACACUGCUACUGUGGUGUGAUCCACAGUGGCCCUUCUAGCCCCAAGGCCUGCAGCUGAAGGAGAAGGAAGGUGGGGGGUCCUGGUGCCUAUAAUGUAAUCCAACUGGGAUAGAAAAACUGACUUGGGUAAUGAAGAGGGACUGGUGGUACUAUGUUUGUUUUUAUUAAGAGGGUUCUUGCCUCCCCCUCCUCCUCACCCCACCCCACUCUUUAUCUCCAUUGAUUUCCAUUUAGUCUCACUCAGUUGUUGUGGAAUUUCCCCAUCUAGCUGAUCAAUUGAAUUGAUUUGCCAGCAGCUGAGAGUGAGGAGGGAGAAAUCAGGGCUGUCUGAGAUGGGGAUUCCCUUCUCUCUCACUCUAUCCCCCCAUUUCUUGUUCUUGCUCUUUCAGGGAUCUUUCUUGUGGCCCCUUCCUGCGCCCCCCUUCUCCUCUGAUUCAGUGAUUAGGUGUGUUAUUACUUGGGGUGCCCAGAUAAAACAAAGAUGCCAGCUUGUGGUAAGAUGCUGUAAUUGCAAGAGUUUUUUCUUCUUGUGGAGUCUGUUUAGGGGGAACUGAGAGUGGGGAGAGGUAAGGGGGGCUGCUUGCUGUUCAUUUCCAGGCAGCCUCUGGGAAUGAGCUGAUUUCCUCAAUCUGUUGUACCAGCGCCCCAGAGGGUAGAGUGUAGGCAAGCCGUAACCGCAUGCGUAGUGGGAGCUGGAAUCAGAAAGGAAUAAACGUAUUUGUAAUGCCGCUUAUAUUGUGCACUUAGAAAUGUUAAAAGUCACAUUCUGCAAAACUGAAGGCUCUGGUUUGGGUGCAGGAUUCAACAUUGUGGAAAUCCCGGCUUUCUUUCUUUCUUUUUUUUUACGAGAGCUAAGUCACUAGUCCUUAGCAAGGGCGACCUGUGUUAAUUUGUGUUAAGAAAGGAGAAGGUUGGGGAGUUGGGGCAGACAAUACUGCGGUUGCUGGAGCAGGAACAGCUAGGUAGGGUAGCUGCAUCAAAGAAAUAGGAAGUGACAUCACCAUGGUGCUUGUAAUGCUCCCCAAGUGAAGUCAUCCAGCGAGGGCAGAGGAGGAGUGACAUCACUGUUAUAUUUGUGAUGGGGACUAUGAAGGUGAAGCUUCCUCAGAGGGAAACAUCCCCCUGAUGCCGCCAAUAAAAGUGGCCAACAGGAAGUCAAGGCAACAGUGUCUUGAUUAUGUCUCUAACGUCACUUUACAGGAGUAUACAGAGGAAGUGAUGUCACUGCCAUGCUGCUCAAACAGCAGCAAGAAUAGAGCAUUUAAGCUAAGGUCAGGAAAUGACAUCACAGGUUAAUUGCCACUUCCUGCCGGUAUACCCCUCGUCUCCUUCUUACCUUCUUUGGGUUCAACACUCGGAUGAGCUGAGUGACUGGGGGGCCACCCUGGCCCAGGACUGUAGAACUGCUAGGGGCCAACAACUCCACCUGGAAGGACUGUGGGAAGACAAUGGGACAGAAAUCCAUGCAGUGUGCUUUUCUUUUAAAAACAAAAACAAAACAAAAAAACCCUAAAGAAUCCAGGGCCUUUUCCCUUCCUCCUUCCUGCCUCCUCAGCCUGCAAAAGGAUUUCUUUCACAUCUGGGGUAUGUUGAAAGUUGUAUUUCAGGAUGGUCCUGGGGGCAGCCGCCAGCGUCAGCUAGACAUAAGAAUGCAAGCAGAGCCCUGCUGGUUGAAUCAGGCCAAAUGCCCAUCAGAGUCCAGCAUCCUGUCCUCACAGCAGCCAACCAGAUGCCCAUUCUGGGAAGCCCACAAGCAGGGCCUGAGCGCAACAGCAGCUCUCCCCUCUUGUGGUUUCCAGCAACUGGUAUUCAGGGACAUCCUGUCUCUGACAGUGGGAGCCAUUGCGGCUAGCAGCCACUGACAACCUUUAUCCUCCACAAAUCAGCCUAAUCCUCUUCUAAAGCCAUCCAAGUUGGUGGCCAUUACUGACUCCUACAGGAGGGAGUUUAAUAGUUCAACCACGUGCUGUGUGCAGAAGGACUUCCGUUUUACUGUGAUGAAUCUUCCACUUUUCAGCUUCAUUAGAUGUCCCCAUUGCGUUCUAGUAUUAGAAGUACAAAGGAGUCAGAGCUUGGAAAAGUUGUUUUUUUAAACUACAACUCCCAUCAGCCCCAGCCAGCAUGGCCACUGGAUUGGGCUGAUGGGAGUUGCAGUUCAAAAAAAAUAACUUUUCCAAGCUCUGAAAGGAGUAUAUAGUAUAGAGGAGACUUGCAGUCUCUCGCUACUCUUAAGAAAGUAAGGAGAGCCCUGCAGCAGGAUCGGGCCAAAGGAGCCCAUCAUGGACCAGGAUCCUGUUCUCCCGGUGGCCAAGGAGAUGCCCAUUAUGGGAAGCCCAACAGUACUACUCUCCCCUGCCCCUGCGGUUCCCAGCAACUGGCAUUCAGAGG